AUGGCCACGCCACCGACGCUCUGCCGGAUUGACGUCCACUUUGCCUUUCGCGAGACAGAGGUGGUGGAGCUCGAGCUCGAGAUCCUCACCGCGCUGCCCAUAGAGGCGCUCAAGGAGCACAUGCACGCUCUGUUUGGCGUCCCUCUCGACGGCAUGGUCCUUGUGCUUGGCGGCAAGGCGCUCGCCGACGACACGGUCCUCACGCGCGACGCGCUCGAGGCUGCGGUGGGGAGCACUCGCUGCGAGAACUUGCUCUCCAUCCGUAUGCUCCUCCUUUCGCCGCUCGAUGAUGCCAACGCGGGGCCGAGACGAUCGGCGGGGCCGGAGCCAGCGGCGCCGCCGGCGGCCAGCUCUGCCGAGCAAGUUGCCGCCGCAGGGAGUGCCUCGGGCGUGGCGAUGCUGGUCGACAUGGGCUUUUCCGAGUCCGAGGCUGCUGCAGCGGUGGCGGCGGUCGGCGGCGAUGUCACGGCCGCCACAAACUACAUCAUCGCCAUGCGCGAGGGCCAGAUGGCGACGCCGCAACUGCAGUGCUCGUUCGCAACGACUGGUCUGCCACGCCGGCCAUGA